CUUCCGGUUGGAAGUGCGGAUGUGCUGCAGAUUCGUCUGUAUUUGUGGCCGAUUACUUCCCUUCUGUAAUUUUUAGUCGGUACUUUUUCAAAGAAGUCAACAAAGGGAGACUUCUCCACAAGAUUUACCCCCAAGAAUCUCUUGGUUUUUGUGUCAGUCGGAGCGACACGACAUAAUUUUACGAAGACGGCCAUUUUGUGAAAAAAAAGAAGCAGAAGUUCCCGUUGUCAAAGAAUUUGACGUGCCAUCCGCUCUUUGCGGCGUGGAUGUCUCAGUACAACUCCGGCUCUGACUCGGAACACUGCAACGAGAGGACCAGCCUGAUGGAGGUACAGGUGGACGUGCGAUCCGGGGUGGGGGAGGCCGUCACCACACAGAGGGUGUCCAGGAGCAGUGGCCGCCGAAGUCAGCAAAUCCAGGAAAGCACACCAGGUGGGGCAGAGGGAAGAGAGGCAGGGGAUGGAGGAGAGGAUCAUGGGAUCAGACACAGGGAGGAUGAGGAGGAGGAGGACACAGAGAUGACCCUGAAGUACGGAGCCAAACAUGUCAUCAUGCUGUUCGCUCCCGUCUCCCUCUGCAUGGCUGUUGUCGUGGCGACCAUCAGUUCCAUUACUUUCUACACGGAAAAGAAUGGCUACCUAAUCUACACACCUUUCCACGAGGAAGGCGCGUCCACAGCCAGCAAAGUUGGCGACUCCCUGGCCAACGCUGCCAUCAUGGUUGGGGUCAUCCUAGUCAUGACUGUCUUCCUGGUCAUCCUGUACAAGUACAGGUGUUACAAGUUUAUCCAUGGCUGGCUGAUCCUGUCCUCACUGAUGUUGCUGUUCCUGUUUGCAUACAUAUAUCUGGGUGAGGUCCUCCAGGCCUACAACAUCCCCUGUGACUACAUCACCCUGGCCAUCGUGAUGUGGAACUUCGGAGCGGUGGGGAUGGUGUGUAUCCACUGGAAAGGCCCCCUGCUGCUGCAGCAGGCUUACCUCAUCGUCAUCUCCGCUCUCAUGGCGCUGGUCUUCAUCAAGUACCUGCCUGACUGGACUACCUGGUUCAUUCUGGGGGCCAUCUCACUAUAUGACCUUGUUGCAGUGCUGUGCCCCAAAGGUCCCCUGAAGGUUCUGGUGGAGACAGCCCAGGAGAGGAACGAGCCCAUCUUUCCCGCGCUCAUCUACUCCUCUACAAUGAUGUGGUUCGUGGGCAUGGCGGAUUCCGACCCAGAGGCCAAGAAGAAGAAGAAAAAGAAGAAGAAGAGGCGUGCCGAGGGCGACGCCCAGGCCGCAGGUGGUUUUAGACUCCUCGAUAAUGAAGCUGGGAGCACAGGGGACGAUGCUGACGCUUUUGACUCAGCCCCAGCAGGUGCUGUAGGUGGUGAGGAGGAGGGAGGGUUCGGACCAGACUGGAACGAGUCCCGCGGAUUCCAGCCCACUCGCCGACCGAACAGGGGCGGGAACGCGUCCGAUGCCUCCGUAAACAGCGAGGACGCACGGCAAGCUGCGCAGAAUCUGUCUAACGGGAGAUUGUCACCUAGUGGGAAUCAACAACAACAACAACAACAGAUGGAAGAAGACGAAGAUGAGGAAGAAAGGGGUGUAAAGCUGGGACUGGGAGACUUCAUCUUCUACAGUGUUCUUGUUGGGAAGGCUUCAUCCAACGGGGACUGGAACACAACCCUAGCCUGCUUUGUGGCCAUUCUUAUCGGCCUGUGUCUGACCCUGCUGUUGUUAGCGAUCUUCAAGAAGGCGCUGCCUGCUCUCCCCAUCUCCAUCACGUUUGGACUCAUCUUCAACUUUGCCACAGCCAACCUGGUCACACCCUUCACAGAUGCGCUGGCCAGUCAGCAAGUCUAUGUGUAGGGUGUUAGCGAAUGACAUAAUUACUCUGGCUGGGGUAAAUAAUGUACAUUUUGUAUGUCACAAAGCAGUUACUCAAGCAACUAGAGAUGAUUUUGAAAAUGGUUUACGUUUCAGGUAGAAUCCACUACAGUACAGGCAGCGAAAUACACAUCAAGUUUUGCAGAAUGUCCUUUCUAGUAAUUUUGCAAAAUUUGGCGGUACUAUACAUAUAUAUUGUACAUAUACCUUUCAUCAAUGGCACUGAGUAGAUCUGUUGAAGAGCAAGAGUUUUGCCAAUUUGAAUAAUUGGGUAUAAAAUCUGCUUUUCAAUCUGCGUUUCUGAUGAAAGACAGUGGAUGCUGUCUGAAAUGUCUGACUGUUUCCAAGAUCAUACCCAGUUGCUUUUUGGCAUAUCUUAUUACCUGGAUGUCUAACUUUCAUCGACGUGAAUAAUGUAUGUAUUGUAGUUUUGAGCACUGUAGGAUUUAAAAUCUGUUCAGGCAUUUGUAAUAUAUCCAGUGCAAUCAGAUCAACACCAGUCAUUAUUGCAAUGUUGUACAUGUACAUGCUUCUGUUGUUGAGUUUUUUGGGGGGGAGGGGGGUACAACAUUCACCAAAGUAAAACUGAUGAUCUGGGCUUUUAGUCUAACCCUCGCAAGACAGGGAACAACUGAAGAUUAACUGGAUAGUGAUUAACUGUACGUACAUUUACCGCACCUUCAAGGACCUGGAGCAUACGGGGUAAAUGUGAAAUGUGCCACAAUACAGUUAAACCUGCUCAAGACGACUACCCAGGGCAGCAGGCAAAUAUUGUCGUCUUGGACAGGUGGUCGGUUCGAAGAGUAUCAACUCACAACAUGCUCGAGGCAUUGUUUAAAUGAUUUCAGUUGUGUUCAAUGGUAAAUAACAAGCCCAUGCACUCAAAGAAAAUUGUCAUCGAGGUGUCAAAGUCCGCACAAACCAGACGAUUUUGGCACAAAAUCACAGUGGUCGAAAAUCGAUGACACCUCAAGCUUGACGCAGUCAUAAUGGGCAGGGAUUUGGUCAUGUGCUGUCCCAAUUUUGGUGGCCGCAUUGGUCUGGCCUGGCAGGUGGUCGUCUUGAAAAGGUAGCGAGGAAAAAAGGUUGCAACGACCAGGUGUUCCGUUUGAAGAGGUGGUCACUUGGACAGGUUUGACUGUACUCAAUGUCAUCAGGAUAAAUAUAGAGCAAGAUUUUAUCAAAAUCUCCUUGAAUAGAUCAUAUUCUAUCAUAGAUGAUUCAAAAUGUCUUAAAAGUAUCUGUUGGUUGUCUAAGAUCAUGUUUGUAAUGGAUAUGUAGUAUACUAAUCGAUCGUUAUUCAUUAUGAUGUGUAUUUUCAACUUCAAGCCACUUUUGUAAAUUUAGCUUUUAUUAGAACUUGAAUUUGAGUGGUAUUGUACAAUGUUGAUAUAUGAUUGUGCUGAUAUACUCUUUGUAAAUGUGCAGUUUGAUUUGAUCAUAUUAGAGGCUACUGAACACAUAAUGCUAAGGCAGAAUUAUAUACAAGAAAUAUGAUGAAGACUGGAUAUUUCUCAUUUUUGUCAAAUCUCUGAUUGGGAAAGAAAACAUCAAGAUUACAACAUUCCAAGUUGCGACACAUUUCCUAAAAAGGACUGUUCCAAAAAAGUACAGACACCUAGUCUGUAUUGUAUUAUUAUGUCUUCACAAGCAAUAAAUACCUGCACACAUUUUGUGGACAUGUUGCA